AUGGCAAAAUGCCAUGCAGCUGCCGGUGCCGGGCUGGAUAUGGAGGGGGCUUUCAAAACCGAGGGAGACCCGACAGCGGCACUCAGAGACGGCCCAUCCAAGAGACCACGGCUGACAGUACACGCCAGGUUUUCCGACAACUCCCAAAGGUGCUCUUCGGAGCAAACAGCAGAUCCUGGAUCUGCGACAGCCCGAUGGGAUGUGGCCAACUCGUCAAAGCCAGAGAGUGAUCUGAGGGCUUCGGAGAUCUGUCGUAUGGUUCAUGACAUAGAAGAAGACGCGAAAGCUAGAGUCAGCUUCCCAGAAGAAUCGAGGCAACGUGCCGAAGUCUUCAUCCAAGGGUGAUCGUGGG